GGAAGUGCACAUGUAUUCAUGCGGUGUGCUUGGCUUGAACACAGAAAUAGGAAAAAAUAUCAAAGAUCGCCUUUUUGGUGCAAAUGAAAUGAUGAGUGACAACUUCAAGAAGACACCUGUUAUAAUCAACCUUUAAGAGUGAAUAAGAAUGUCAGGAAUUAUGUUGAACCUGGUUUGUGAGCCUGGUCCUGGAGGCAAAUCAGGUAAAUACAGAGGAAAUUCCAAACAUGAUCGUUUCCUUGGAAGGAGACAUUACCUGGAGCACAAGGGUUUGUUAAAAGAGAAACAAAAUAAAAAGCGAAACAAAAAGAUCCAGCAGCAAAAGAAAAAAAAGUCAAAAAAUGCACAGCUCAACGGAGGAGAUAGAUCAACCCCAGAUGCUAUUUUUCCUAAAUUUACCUCUUGUCUGCCUAAUAAGACCAAUGAGCUGCCUAGUUCUGCAAAUACAUUAACCCAGCAGUCCACAUUUCCAUUUCCAUCCACUGCCAGCACAUCUAAGAGGGACCCGACACACCAAGCGGCACCCCGCACUCUCGGACCAUUAAAAUACGUGGCAUUGGACUGUGAGAUGGUGGGAACAGGACCGAAGGGUUGUAACGGUGAACUCGCACGCUGCAGUAUUGUUUCCUACGACGGUGAUGUUAUUUUUGAUAAAUUUAUCAAACCCCCCAAUCCUGUGACAGAUUUCCGCACUCGCUAUAGUGGGGUCAGGAGACAGGAUUUAUUCAAUGCCACACCCUUCCAUCAGGCACAAAAAGAGAUCUUGAAGAUAUUAACUGGGAAAAUGGUUGUGGGCCAUGCCAUCCAUAACGACUUCAAGGCCUUAAAAUAUUUCCAUCCUGCUUGCCAAACACGAGACACAGCGCGGAUUCCACUGCUAAACCAGAAAGCUGGACUGCCCGAGCAUCAAACUGUGUCUCUGAAAAGGCUCACUAAAGCUAUCCUCAACAAGGACAUACAGACAGGGAAGAGAGGCCACUCGUCAGUAGAAGAUGCCAAAGCCACCAUGGAACUGUACAAAGUAGUGGAGAAUGCAUGGGAGCAAAAACUCUCAGCUCUCAGCCUUUCAGCUAAAGCAAUGGAUCUAGCUCUGAAUCAAAAAUGAUUUGAUUUUUUUAAAAGAUACGUUUUUAACUUGACACCUUUUAUAUCAG